GUUACACCUUGCUUCUUUUCAUCUUCGUUAAGAAAAGCAUUGAAACUGACUGGGGCUCUUGUCGAGCUUCCUAGAGGAUCAAGUCAUUCGUAGUUCGAAAGGGAUCUAGAGAUGAGAAAUUGAAAAGAGAAGCUUGCUGCUGAUCCCAUUCGCGCAUGAAGGCUACUAAGGCGUCGCCCGCCCUUUUUCCGGAUGUUGGCCUUUCCUGCCCUUGUAAGGCAUAUCCUGAAGGCAGGUUACUUUCCAUCCGGGAUUUCCUCUGCUGUCUAGAACAGAGAUUCGUUUCACUAUGUUACACUCAUUCGGAAAGCACGGACGAGCCACAUGCAGGGAAACUUGCACGUGUGGUUCUGGCCGGGGACCCCCCGAAACUAAUCGAGCUCCAUUUGAUCUCCCAGAAGCGGAAGCUGAAUCAGUUGCAGGCUAUAAUGUAGAAUAUGCGCGGGAUGCGAUCCUUAAUAGUUCACUUUUGGCGGAAGCCAAUGUCCCGGGAUCCCGGGGACUCAUUCUGACUGAAACAAGGGGCGGGUCUUUACCAACUUCCAAAUAUUCUAUAUAUUCUAUUUUAGGAACGUAGUCGCUAGAGAAUUCGUUGAACUAUGUUCAACUCAUUUGAAAGAGGUACGACCAAAGGGAGUUGGGUAAAGCAAACUCUCUCCUUGGAGGAGCACGGGCUUAGUCAAGUAGAACCGGGUUGCGCUGCUUGAUGUUCCGAUCGAAAACAAAUCAGUGGGGCCAUGCCGGUACGACUGAAUAUGCGUUAGAAAGCCCCUACGAAACCGGGCCGAACUUAUAACCCGCCCGCUUCCAUAGAACAAUAUCGUGGCAACGUAGACCUAAGUGGUAAUAUUGGAUCCUUGGGAACCAUCACAAGUACGGCCGGCCUAUAUUUGAACGAAAAUGCCGUGUCGUCCAGCGGAGCCUAGAAGAAGGUGACUCGCGCAGACAGCUGACUCCUUUUCAAUAGAAAAGAAUAGCCAAACCAACCCAGCUGGCUGGUCAAUCUCAGAGAUCUUAUCGGCCGGCAAACCGGAGACGGGCGACCACGGUCCCGACCUUACCAGCACCUGAGGUGUACUAAUCAAUGAAGCCCCGAAAC